CCAAUAAAAAAAGUUUCGAUAAAAACUUUUACUUCAUUGUAAAUCGGUUUAUUGCACGUACAAAUAUGAAGAACACGAAUUGCUUCAAUAAAUAAUAGUAUCGACGUUUCACUGUGUCAUAAAUUAUAACUCAUAAGUAGAUACAUUCUGUUUGUCUUUAGCAUACAUUUUCCAUGUGUGAAUGCCUAAUAGUUACAUAAAUCAAGUUCAGUCAUAAAUCAUUGCGAUAAAUGGGAACAUUACAUUUCCCCGAGUCCUCGAUAAAUAUAUAAACGUCUAUCAUUUUAAUAAUCCAUCGAAGAACAUCGGUCGUUCGAAGUCCGUGUCGAUUGUUUAAAACUUUCCAGAUUCGAGAGCAACGAGAAAGCCUGCGAUCUCUGCCAAGAAAAGUUUCACUUCGUGACCAGAUUGGUGGCGCAUUUGAGGAUCGUUCACGGUAUUCACAGGCCAUUCAAAUGCGUCACCUGUGGGAAAUCGUAUCCGCAGCAAUUUAUGCUGAACGCUCACGUGAAAAAGUCCCACACGCCGAAGACGAUACCCUGCGUCCAGUGCAGCUUCAUGGGGGUGAACGCCAUCGACGUAGAGAGACACGUGAAGAGACACCAUCGUGAAGUGAAGUUCACCUGCGAAAUUUGCAGCGAGAGCUUCGUGGACAAGGACUCCCUAAUGACGCACACGACUAUGCACAACUUUAUGCAGUAUCAACAGUGCAACGCGUGUGGCAGCAUAUUCAACGAUGUUUAUAGUUUAAAGGAGCACAAUCAACUGUACCACUACGACCCGUCGUUGUUGGUGCAAGAGAAGCUCGAGGAGGGGGACCAGCAGGCUUUGGCGCAUAAAUGCGACGUCUGCGGUAAAGUGUACAAGUACAAGUCCGUGCUGAAGCAGCACAAAGUGAAGGCUCACGGGGACACACCGAGCUACGAGAGACGCAGGUACUUGUGCGCCCUUUGCGGCAAGGAACUGAAGACCGCGAAGGGCCUGGAGAUCCAUAAUCGUUCGCACACGGGCGAAAAACCGUACACGUGCGAGGUAUGCGGCAAGUGUUUCGCCUGCGAGACCUUGCUAAGGACCCACAACGUCACCCACACCGGAGAACGGAAGUACUCGUGCGAUCAGUGCGGCAAGGCGUUCACCCAGAGAUCGACCCUGGUGGUUCACAAACGCUACCACUCGGGCGAACGACCGUACGUUUGCCAGCGUUGCGGGAAAGGCUUUGUGACCAGGACUGUUUUGAACACUCACAUGAAAUCCUGUCGCUGAGGAGCGAGUCUGGAAGUGGAAAGAACUGAUGAGCA